AUGAGCACUAAUAUAAACACACACUUGAAAAACCCUAGAGUCGAUGUAAGAAAAAGGAACCUUGAUUACUCAAAACCGCUUACAAUCGUCAAAACUAGAGAAGAACUAAAAAAAUACGAGAGCACCUACCAUGAUGAGUCAAAGGAGGAUGAGAUCCUAGCACUCACUAGCCUGAUAACUAAGAAGAAAUUUGAGAUUCUUGUACCUCAGAAUCAAGUAAUGCAACCUGCGGCAGAUUCUAAUAUUAUAUCAGGCAACAUUGAUGCCAAAAAAGGAAGUAAUGAGGAAUCUGCAUCAACAUCACAUUCAAUAAAUGGAGAUGCAACUGCCAAAACCUCACCUAAUUAGCUUGCUUAACCUUCUGCCAAUGGAGUCCUAGCUAUAGCCAAGCCAUAGGCUAAGCCAACUGCUUAAACCAUGAGAGAUAGUCAACUUGAAGGCUAUCUCAAAUAUAAACCCCUAUUUAAAUAGCCAGCCCACUACAUAAAAUACAAGGAGCCUGUUUACGAGGGCUACGAAAACUUUUCAUUUGAUGAGCUGAACUAUGAAGUUACUGAGAAGGACCUCAAGUUCCUCGAAAGCGGAGUCGUUGAUAUCAGUGUCCAGGACUUCGAGCGAGUAAUUGAUGUCUUUGAGAAAAUUGUAGUAGUCGAUCAAAACUAGUCAUUGGCUCACUUGCAACAGAGAUUCUAUGAAAAAGCUCCCAAAUAAUACUGUCAAAGGAUCUAAAAGCAAACCCUGGAGCUCAUUUACCAAAAGGUACAGUAUAUCUUCAUAUUUGAAUGGAACCAAGUUCCUUUCCAAAUCUUUUUUUCCAUAAUUAUUAUUGAUUUCAAAUUAAAUUUAUAUUAAUAGUACUGGAAAAGUGAGAGAGAAAAAAGAAAGCGAUCAUUCUUGAGAAUAUUCUGGGAGAAAGCUGACUACGAUGAUUAGGACACCAAUGCUGCCUUCCGUAAAAGAGUCAAGGAAAAGAUGAAACUCAGAAAGAAGGCAAAAUAUGAGAUUGAAUCCUAUAAAAAGAUGUUUGAACUUAGAGAGGAUUUCGUUAAAGUUCUUCACAUAUUAAAGGAUGUCUAUAGAAGAGAGGAGAUCAAAAAAUCUCAAAAUUUAGUAGAGCUGAAUGUCUAUGAACUCCAAUUAGAGUAGUCCUUGAAAGAGAAGGGCAUAAACUUCCAGCCCAGAAACCAGAAAGUUGACAUCAAAAAGUUAGAAGGUUCAUAGGUAGAAAAAGUUAUGACAUUUCAAAUUAGUGAACGUAAGGAUUGCCAUCCAAUGUUCCAGAAAUAUUUCCCCGAGUAAAUGGCAGAAAAGCUCAUGCUUGAAGAAUAGACUAAGAGAAGCUAAAAGGAAAGUGCAGGUUAUUACAACUAAACACCUUCGAAGCAAAAUCAAAGUCAUCAAAAGACCUAGUAACAGCAACAGCAAUAGUUUGAAAGCCAAGAUUAACAAAUGGUGAAUGCAACAGCUGAUAAGUAAUCCAGUAAAACCAGAACAGGGGCAAUUACUAUAAAGCCUCCUCAGAACUAUGACAAAGCUGGUGCUAAUGCAAACCUUAAUCAAAGCAUGAAUGCCGACCAAGGUGGAUAAAUCAUAAUUGGAAACAACUUUUAAGAUAACAUGAUUAAUCCCCAAGAUAGAAUGCCAACUAAAAAAGUAAGGGAUAAGAAAAAUCUCUCCACUCUUGGUUAAUAAAGAGGUAUAGCAGAGUAGCCCAACGUCUACGCUAAUUAAAAUGUUCCAUAUCCAGGCAGAUAAGAGAUUCCUGUGAAGGAGGAUACACUCUGCAAUCUUGAUAUGGUGACUGUCAUAACAAAGAUUAUUCAUUGCAGUCAAAGAUUCGGUGUUACCUAUGGUGAUAAAUAUCUGAAACUAGAGUAAAACACUCCAAAAGAUAUCAAGGACAAGAUUGACAAUAGCUUUUUAAAGCCCCCUCUCAAAUCUAUUGAUGAAGAUAUGGAUGAUACAAUGGACACUGACAGAGUAAUUGAGCCAAUUAACAUGAUCAAUCAACAACCAUAGAUAUCUUUAAACUCCAGCCAAUAUUUGCAAUAACAAUAGUCACUCAACCUUGGUAAAAAGCCACUUAAUAUAUAAUAACAAAUACCUAAAAAGAAUGCAACUUAGCUUGAACUUGAAAAUGAACUUGAGGAACUGCUUAACAGAAAGAUGAUAGUUAGAAGAGGUAGAAACAAUAGACUAUUGUUGAAAAUGAUAGAUAUUGAUGUCUUUGAAGAUAAAUAAGCUGAGGAAAAUGCAGACAUGAGUAAAUUAUCUCUUGGUAAAAGAAGGAAAGCAUAUGGAUCAGUCUUAGAUUUCAUCAAUCGAGGAGUCCCAGGUGUCAGCUAAACAAAUUAAAACUACUACUUGCUCAGAGAUAAAAAAUUCCUUGAGAAGAGAUUUAAGAAAACAUAGAGUCUGCUUAUGAGAGAAAACAUUAAGAGUUUAGUUAAAAAAGAGAUAGUAUAAAGAAAAAGUUUACUCGAAGAAUCAAAAGCUUAACCUCUUCAAAGUGUAAAUAGUAUAAUGUAAGAUCCAUCAUUGUCAAGUGACACUUUACUUGCUGGAAGGACUAAUUAAAUAAUCAGCAACUUCGUAAAUUAAUCUCAAAUCUAGAAUUCUGUGCCUAAUGUUGAGCCAAUUAUGACCAAUAAUAACUCUAUAAACUACGACUUGCAAGCAUCAGCAAUCAGAGAUCAGCAACAAUAUGAUAAUACUUCAGAAUAUGUUGUGAGUCACAUACUCAGGACUAAUUUACAAGAGCUCUUAGAAUUAGCAGAGGGCGUGGGUGAAUUUGGAGAGUAUGAGGCACACAAAGAUAGUCCAAAUCAGCUUGAUGAUAUGCAAAAGAAACUUGAAACCGCCUUUAGAGGGUUCAAGCAACAACGCAUGCCAAUGAUUGGAGGAGGUCACCACUAUCCAAGCAGUACUAAUCUUGCUUAAUAGAUAGGAAACCCUGCUUCAAUGGGCGGCGGAAUGUCUGCAUCAAUGAGUCAAAUGAACCAAAAUCCUUAUGCAUAGCCAUAGCUCUAACAUUUACCAACUUAAUAAUCAGGAAGAAUUGGCAUGCAGCAUUUGCCAAGUAGUGGGUCAGUAAGCAUGAACAUGAGCUCAACCAAUGGUAAUGUAAAUAUGCCUAAUCAAAUGCCAUACGGAGCAGCUUCCUUGAUCAAUGGUCCACCAUCCUAAAGAUAUAUGGGAUCUGGGGUUGCCCCUUCAGCUAAUCAAAAUUAAGAUUACAACAAUGGAGGCCCUUAAAUGUAACAAAACGGAGUACCGAAUGGUAUGCCAAUCUCUGCUUAUAUGAGCGGAGGUAGUCAAAACCAGCAAAGUUAAUAAGAGAACUAUCAUAUUGUAGCUGCAAAGUGA